CUUAGUUUCUGUUUAAUGCCCCCGGGCGGGGCAGGGUCUCACACUUACCAGUUGAUGUUGGGCUGUGAGAUGGGACCGGAUGGCCGCCUCCUCCAUGGGUAUCACCAAUACGCUUACGAUGGCACCGACUACAUCUCCCUGAACGAUGACCUGCGCUCCUGGACCGCGGCCGACAUGGCAGCUCAGAUCACCCAGCGCAAGUUGGAGGAAGUUCAUGAGGCUGAGCGAGUCAGGAACUUCCUGCAGGGGGAGUGCCUGGAGUGGCUGCGCAGACACCUGGAGAAAGGGGAGGAGGCGCUGCAGCGCGCAGACCCUCCAAAGACACACGUGACCCACCACCCCAUCUCUGACCGUGAGGUCACCCUGAGGUGCUGGGCCCUGGGCUUCUACCCUGCGGACAUCAGCCUGAGCUGGCAGCGUGAUGGGGAGGAGCAGACCCAGGACACGGAGUUUGUGGAGACCAGGCCUGCGGGGGAUGGGACCUUCCAGAAGUGGGCGGCCCUGGUGGUGCCCCGUGGAGAGGAGCAGAGAUACACGUGCCAUGUGCAGUAG